AUGUCAGUAAUCAAAAUGAUGACGGUCAAGUGCCCGAAUCUGGUGAAUAUCAUCAUCUUUGGAAGCCUGUGCACCGUUUACCGAGAUCCAGACAAGAAAUUGUGGCAUCCGCGUGCAAAAGUCGGUAUGAUCAUCGGUAAGAACGAUGAAAUUAAGGGUUUCAAGGUUUACAUCCCAAAUGACCGGGUUGUGAUUACGACCCAACACAUCAAGAACGUGGAAACGAUUGGUAGCACCCAUAACUUACAGCUUCAAGCCCAGCUUUUGAAAGAGGACCCCGAAUUUUGGAAAUCAAUUAAUGAGUUUGAGGCAGUGGUAAGUCCAAAGGAAUCUACUCUUGGCAAUACUGGCAACAAGAGUGAAGAAAGUUUGAUUCAGAAGGAGAUUAGUCUCCAGCUGAUCUUGCAGCGACUUCAGCGGCUUGCAACAGCGCGGAUGCAUACGCGCUACGUGGGAAAAAAGCAUGUGCCCAUCGGGAUCGUAAACGAUUUGGUCACAGUCGACCCAAAAAACUAUCAGGAAGCGAUGAAAGAUAAGCAUGCAGACAAGUGGAAAGAUGCAAUGAAGGUUGAACUUGAAGCGCUCGAGAAUAAUCAUACGUGGAAAGUGGUUGCAAAACCUCACAGCGGGAAACUGCUGCAUACGAAAUGGGUUUUAAGACCAAGAAACACUCCGAUGGAAUCGUGGAGCGCUAUAAAGGCAUACUCGUGGCCUGUAAAAGCGAGCAGGCAUUUGGCGUGGAUUACACGGACACUUAUGACUUUUGGAAACAGAUAA